AGAUCUCACACUGGGUCAGCCCCAACAUCUACAGUAGUUGGAUGAUUUCUUGGAGUACUUUGUCUAGCGUCGAGAUUCAUUGCUACUACUAGGGCGUACAAAAGGCCAGCUGCGCACAUCCCACAUUGAUAUCGAUUUCUCCAUCCUGCUUGAAAACGCCAGGUCAAGCAUACAGCAUCGCAUUCAACGCAGGAGCGUGUUGGUCUAGUCCCACCUGCAACUGGCCGAUUGUUGCUCUUCGAAGCUGCAGCAGGCGAAUGCUUGUUUGAUCGAAAUACCAAGGAUGAGUUGAUUCAGUAAUCUUAUCCUUCCUUUGCAAAAAUUUACCGUCGGGGUCAUGCUGCAAGAUGGGAAUAUGUCUCUCUGUCAGUAUUGUUGCACUGCCCUCAAGUAUGGUUUACUGCGGGGGGUCUGGAUUGAAAGUAGGCUGUUACGUGGCUACUCUCUCAGGCUAUCCUUGGCUAUCUGACCUGAGCCUAUACACUCAUCCUUCCAAUACCAGAUUUGAAAUUCGGAAUCAUAGAACGCAUCGCGUUGUGAAGGAUAUCAGUCUUAGUAUUGUAAUGAGUGAAGCUUGAAUUUGGCAAGUGAGGGUAUAUAUCGCGUGAACGACUCCACUCCGCGGGCUGAAAUUAGUACUGGUUCGAGUAGCCAUGCCGGCAGGCAGUUGGGUUGUUC